AUGCCCCGCGCGCGCUUCCCCAGUGCCAGCCUCAUCGCCAGCGCUGACGGGCUCCUGCUGCCCUGGCUGGCCCCGCGCGCCUUCGCCGAGUCCGCUGGGCCGCCGCGACGCCAUGGCGCACCGCAGAAAGACGCGCGAGCGCUGCGUCGUGGACCGGUAGCGGGUGCGCAUGCCGCUGGGCUCCCGCACCGCCCCCGCCUCGGCCCUGCACAGUCGGGCGCCUGCCUCGCCCCGACGAGGACUCGCCCGGCCGACCUGCGCUACCUCGACAUCGCGUCCUUUGCACACCACCACGCCCGCGCCUACGCCACCGACAGCCAGGCCGCGCCCGCAGACAGCCCGCAUAGGACCACCGCGACCAACGAUGCCAGAGCCUCGCGCUACUCGCAAAAGCUCCCGUGGGAGGCGCGGCUGGACGAGCAGCUCGAGGGCCUGACCCCCCAGCAGGCCGCCCGCCUCCGCGCACACCACAUUGCCCGCGCGAAAGACCGCCUCGAACAGCACACCGCCCGCCUGCAGCGCGACGUCGGACGCUACCAGAACCAGCUGCUCUACGACGGCCAGUACCGCUCGCUGCGCCGCUACAUUCUCAGUCUCGAGCAGUGGGACCUCAGAACACUCCACGUCAGGGCCGACGAGCCGUCGCUGCUGGGCGCCUUCUCUGCCCUCGAACGCUCCGUCUACCCGCAGCUCGCUGCCCUCACGAAGCCCAUCACGCUCCGCCACUCGAAAGAGAGCCGCGAUGUGGCCGAACAGCUGCUCGAGGGCGUCGACCGAGACGGCGGGAAGCGCAUCUACUUCAACUGGCAGUGCCUCGGAGACCAGCAGGACCAGUGCGCGGGCGCGCUCAUGUACAUGCUGCACCACAAGCCCGCAUACGCCCAGGACUUCAUCACCGUGCUGGCCACCGACGAGCACCUGUCGCGCGAAACCUUCCCCCUGAUAGCCGACGCCCUGGCCUACCUGGCGCUCCUGCACCUCAAAGGACACUACCCAGACGGGCAGGGCUGGGAGCCCACGCCCGACGCCAACACGCGCCGCUUCGUUGCCACCUUCCUCAACUGCACCCGUCACCUCGACACGGCCGUGUACUCGCAGGAUCUGCUGCACAGCCUCGUUAGGUUGGUCGACGUGGACACCUUGAAGAAGAUCUACGUCGCCGUCAUCUAUGAGAGAACCCGCUUCUCGCUCGGCACCGUACUGCACUAUGCCUCUACUUUCGGCCAUGCUGGCGAGUACGACUUUGCGUUGGGUUGUCUGAAGAAACGUCUGAGGGACGCCACCGAAGACAAGCGCAAGAACGUCGUCAACAGCGACCUCUUCCGAUGGACCUGUGCCACCAUUCUGCGUGGCAGCAUGCGUGACGUCGCCAACUACCGCGAGACCCCCGGCAUCGUGGCCGCGUUUGUCAAGCUGGGCGUCAAGAUGGACCUGCUGCUAUACGACGUCAUCAUGCGCAACGCCAUGGAGGCUGGCGACUACACCACCGCGUUCAAGGUGUUCAACGCGCUGGAGGCCAACGGCCUGACGCCCGACAAAUACACCUACUCCAUCCUCCUCCACGGCUGCACCACCCACGCCGACCCGGCCAUGUUCAACACCUUUGCCGAGCUGUGCCUGGCCAAGGCAAAGGAGCUGCAGGACCCCUGGCUCGCCACCGACUACCUCUACUACGCCUACACCUGCGAGCACAACAAGCCCGUCGCCGACCGCAACCACACCCGCGUCUGGGCCGCGUACCUUUCCCUCUUCGACCCCGCCCCGCUCGCCCCCUUCACCCGCUCCGGCAGCCGCGCCAUGCGCGACGCCCUCGACCACGAAACCGCCUCGCACACGCCCGCGUCGCCGCCCAAACUGCCCCCGCCCCCCGCCGCCCUCUACCUCGUCCUGCAGACCGAGAUCCACGCCCUCGCGCCCCUGCCCUUACCCUACCUCGCCCGCCUCUACCACGCCUACACCCACAUCCUGGCCACGCCGCGCGCGCACCCGACCCUCGUCCGCCUCGCCGCCACCCCAAUCGCCUGGAACGCCUUCCUGCACGCCUUCUGCGCCCGCGCACAGUACGCCGACGCCGCUGCCCUCAUCGCGCACAUGGCGAACCACGUCCCCCCCAACGUGUUCACGUGGAACAUCUUCAUGCAGGCGUUCUUCAAAACCCAGCAGGUCGCCGCCGCCGAGCGCGUGGGCGCGCUGAUGCAAGACGCUGGUGUCGAGCCCGACGCGUACACACACGGCGUCAUGGUGCGCGGCUACGCGGGCGCCCAGAUGGUCCGCCGUGUCGCGGAUGUCAUGCCCCACGUCCCCGUCGACGAGCAGCUUGCGCCUGAUUUGCUGCGGUUGCUGGCUGGCGUGCAGGAUCGGAAGGCGUUGGAGGAGGCGCUGGAGCGGGUUAGGGUGGAGGCGCAGGAGAAGGAGGCCAAGGAGAUGCGAGAUGUAGAUAUG